AUGUCAACUGUCGAAGAGGAACCCUUGAAAAAUGGCGACAAUAAAAUCAAAACUAAGCAAAAGAGAACUUUCAAGGAGAAAAUCAAAUAUGUCAAAGAAAACAUAACGUUAGAACCGACGCUAGCAUGCUACGUUAUCCCAAGAGUAUUGUCAAGACUGGCUACACAGAACAUGAAUUUGGAUAAAGCUUGUAGAGUGAAUAUGAAAUAUGGCAAAGUGGUAUGCGAUGCGCUGCUUGCUAGAAAUGGCACUAAAUACUUAAAAGAAGAAUUGGAGAUUCAAGAAUUUAUAGCGGCGAUGGAGAGCUGGAAAAAUAUACUUUUGACUGCACUUCCUAGCUUGCUUAUUCUAUUUCUUGGCGCUUGGAGUGACCGCACAGGCAAAAGGAAGAUAUGUAUCCUAUUACCCAUUAUUGGGGAACUUCUGGUUUGUUUAAGUAGCAUAAUCAACGUAUACUAUUUCGAGGAGUUACCAGCGGAAGUGGCGAUAUUUUUCGAAGCGUUUUUUCCUGCCAUCACGGGUAGUUGGAUAGCAACCUACUUGGGAACAUUCAGCUACAUCGGUGAUAUUUCCAGUAAGGAGUCCAGGACUUUUAGAGUUGGUGUGGCAAAUCUAUGCCUCACCGCUGGUGCACCUAUAGGUUCCGCUCUGAGUGGGAUAUUGUUAAACACGAUUGGAUACUAUGGAGUGUUUGGUUUGAGUGCUUUGUUGAAUUUGUUUAGUAUAGUUUAUGGUUUUUACUUUAUAAAAGAUCGUGUUAAACCUGCAACGGAAGAGAAUGAUAAGAACAAAUCCACUGGUGUAUGGAGUUUCCUGAAAUCCUUUUUUGACAUGAACCAUGUAAAGGCUACGUUGCAGGUAGCAUUCAAAAAGGGACCUAACCACCGCAGAACAAAGUCUAUCUUGAUAUUGGCGUCUAUCUUUUUUAUAUAUGGGCCGGCUGAUGGUGAAUUCGUUGUAAGGUACUUGUUUACACGGUACCGAUUUAACUGGGAUGCCAUGAAAUAUAGUUUUUACACAACUUUCUACAUCCUCGUUCAUUUACUGGGUGCAUUGAUCUCUAUCAGCUUAUUCAGUCGAAGAUGGAAGUGGGAUGAUUCUGUAUUGGGAAUAAUUUCGAAUGUCAGUAAAUUAGUCGGAGCGCUAUCGACAGGCUUAGCAAGGACCAGCUUGGAAAUGUAUUUAGCUGUUGCAGUUGAGACGUUUAAUGCUACUUCGUUCACAGCACUUAGAUCACUCUCAUCUAAGCUAGUUACAAGUGAUGAACUAGGUAAAAUGACAGCGAUGUUCAACUUGAUGGAAAUCGUGACGUCCCUGAUCUUCGACCCGAUUUACUCAUGGAUGUACAUGAUUACAUUGAAGAUAAAUCCUGGUAUCAUCUAUUUCGUCAGCACUGUACUCACAAUACCGCCUUUAAUGUUCUUCGGGUGGUUUUACCUUCAACACAGAAAAGCUAGCCGAAUGAAAACCGAACAACCAUUAACCGAUCAAAACUAUAAAAUGAAACAGCUUAUGAGCGAAAGUGAAGUUAGAAAAAAUUCAUUGAUCAGUAGUUUAGAAUUUGUAGAUGAUAAACUUGUACUGUCAUAG